AGCAAUAUGGCGACAGAUUGUGACUUCCGAUGCAUAUUUCAUCGAUACACCGGUAUAUGAAGGCGAUAGGACGCCUUACAGAUUGUUAUAGAAUUGUUGAUGUAAUUUUUUAGUCAAGCAAAGACAAUGUCCACAAAGCAUGAAGUUCAAAAGGCUCAAGUUUCUUGGAAGAAAUGUGUUUUCUGUCGUGAAGCGAUUGUUUUCAAAUCACCCCGAGAAUUUUGUCAACACCUUCGUGAUUUCCAUUGCUCCAAAGAGGGAGGGUCGUAUGUGUGCCGUUACGGAAUGAAUGGCGUAUGUCCUUCGCUUCCUUUGGAGGGUGUAAGUGACAGAGACUAUGAGGAUCACGUCGCCAGAGAUCAUGUUUAUAGUGGGGACACAGGUGCUCGGAAUAAAAGUUUAUCCAGCCAAUCUCGACCCAGUUCCUCCUCCCCUCCGACCAGCACAGAGCCCAGUGUGGUGACUGACCAGUUCAAGUGGACAGUGUAUAAUGCAGUGGUCAAUAUGCCUGCUGUCCUCAAUAACCCACGCCUGGCCAGGAGGGAGACUGACUUCUUUACAAAAACAUGGGGACAGGAGUUUGAAAAACAAACGAUCCUCCCAUCACCAUAUAUUCCAGAAAUAACUGCAGAACAUUUCGAGAAGUAUGUUCACAGAACAUCUGCUAGACACAAGAAACAUGUGCGAAACUCACUGAAACUGUCUGAGCCACCAGUACCAAGUCAACAUGCAUUCCCUUCCUUGAAUCUGAAGCAAUUAGAAAAGAACAGAGCUGAACUGGACCAGAUACCAAAAUUGUUUAUGUUGCCAAAUUUUUCACUGGAAAACAUGGAUACCUUCAGUGCUGUGUUUCCAUGGACACAAGUGGAAGAGUCCAUGUCUGGGGCAGGGGGGACCAAGCAGUCAUCUAAACUUUUGCAAGAAAGGAUGAGUCACUACUUGGACGUGGUUGAAGUUCAGAUUGCCAAACAGAUCUCAAUCAAGUCGGAAGCCUUUUUCCACGCAAUGACGUCACAUGACGAACUGCAGGAUCAGUUGCUACACACCUGUCAGGCCAUCAAGCAACUCAGGGACAAAGUGCAUUCCUUAGACGACCGUUUAGCAGUGGGGUCAUUAAAUAUCAUGCACAAAACACGAGCGAGAGCAAACUAUGUGAGCCUUCAUAAUAAAUUAAAGCUUAUGUCAACAAUCCAUCAAACGCAACCCACGAUACAGCUUCUGUUGUCAACCAAUGAGUUUGUCGGAGCUCUUGAUCUCAUCUCCACAUCACAGGAAAUAUUGUCUCAGGAGCUGGCAGGGGUACAUUCCUUUAGACACCUCGGGUCGCAGUUGGCAGAGAUGGAGAAAUUGAUAGACAAGAUGUUGCUGGCUGACUUCCUGAAGUACGUCACCUCAGAGUUGAACAGGCCGGUCACAGAUCUCGAAGUCUUGACUGGAGAGGAAAAACUGGUAUCAAUAUUAUUUGGGCUUCUUCGACAGAAUAAGCUCAACUUCGUUGAUGUUUAUAGAGAGGAAGCAUUUACUGCUCUGAAGGCUGUGAUAAAACAGACUGUGGUGGAAGCUGUGUCUGCAGCAGAUGAUAUCGACACUGAAGGCAAUGUUGGCAGCCUGGCAGAUCAGAUGCGUUUACUCAACUACCCGCAGUGGAUGUCCCUGCUCAAGCACAUCUUCUCCAACAUGAUGCAGCUGCUGCAGAGGACGCAGGCAUUCCAUGGUGUGAUGAGUGAUGUGAUAGGGAUUGCAGCAGGCAGGACAAAGGCGCCAACACCUGUGUCAACACCAACGUCGGCGGACAAGCAGUUCCUGGAGGAACCUUCCCAUCUCCAUGUCUCUGUGAGUGAGGAUGUGGAUGUGAUGAUUACGGAAGCAGAAUACACCAAACUGAGCCUUGGGUUGAAGGAGAUGCUUUGUGCCGUCUGUGAUAACGCUCACGAUCGCUGUGUCAAGGUUGUGGUAGCCAGGGCAAAGGAUGGUUUCCUGGAGAGACUCUCUUCCUCUGAGUUUGUUGCCUUGUGCAGGGAGGUGGAGGGCUUCGUCGGUGAGUGCGAGACCAUCUGCGGCCGACCCAGCACCUCACUCAGGGGCAGCUUACAGAACCAGGCAAACAGGUUUGUUGCCCGAUUCCAUGAAGAAAGGAAAAACAAACUCAGUCUCAUCCUGGACAACGAGAGGUGGAAGCAGGCCGACGUCCCCACAGAGUUCCAGGACCUUGUUGACCACAUCGCAGCUACAGGUUCAUUGUCCAUUCCUGAAAGAAGAAUAGAUUCAGAUGGUAGGAAGCCUUCAGAGUUCAUCACUAUAGACGGAGAAAAAUAUGCAGUGGUUGGCACGGUGCUGAUGUUGAUCAAGAUGGUGGUGGAGUACUGCCAGUGUCUCAACGACAUCCCCACAGCAGCCCCAGACCUCCUCACAAGGCUCAUAGACUUGCUCAAGACGUUCAACUCCCGGACCUGUCAGCUAGUCCUGGGGGCUGGAGCUCUGCAGCUUGUUGGCCUCAAGAAAAUCACAACCAAAACACUGGCGCUGGCGUCGCGGGCCCUGCAGCUGGUGGUACACUACAUGCCGCGGGUGAAGGCACACUUCGAGGACCAGCUCCCCUCACGCAACGUCAACAUGCUCAAACACUUUGAACAGAUUAUCAAGGACUACAAAGACCACAUAGAUGAAAUCAACAACAAGCUACUCACUAUCAUGGAGAACAUGAUGGAAGCACAGCUAUCACAGUAUGAAGUGAAGGCACCAAUGCCAUCAGCGUGCUUCAGGUCCCUCUGUAAACAGAUGGCCAAGCUGCAUGAAGCAAUCAUUGAAAUUCUCCCAGUUUCUCAGGUCAAGGCAUUGUUUGUGAGAAUCAACCAGUCUUUCAAACAGAUACUCAGCAGGCACCUCGUCCGACUCAACGUGUGCAAUGAUGGAGGACCCCAGUAUGGGCUUGUGACUUCGGACCUUUUGUUCUAUGCUGGAAAUUUUCGAACUUUGAAAGGAAUAGAAUGUUUGUGUGAAAAUAUGAACGAUGUAUGGUUACCAAGGUGACAGAUAUGAGUGUGAUUUUGUGAAACCAAAACAAAGAAUUAUUCAGGGCAUCAGAUUCUACAUACAGAUCAUCAUCAUCACCAUCUGUCAACAGCCACAUGCUUGCAUGACCAGGGUGGUAGCCUAGGAGAUUGACCGUGCAACCAUCUUGGAUUACGCAUCUUGAGGCAUGUGAUGAGAAAGAAAUCAGAACCAACCUAACCAUGGACCUGCCAACAAUGUCUCCACACCUGGAACAACCUAUUAUAAUGCCAUAGUGCUUCCCAACCUGCUGAAAAUGAUGUCUUUUUUCGGUUUCGCUGAUAUCAAAAUAUUUGAAGAAUCGGUGUGCCAUAAAUAUGACAAACAUGCUCCUUUUUGUGAACAAGUCCAUUUGGAUCCAUUCCUGCUGUAAAGACAGCAUCAUUUAGUUUACUUCUAUGAUGUGCCUGUGUGACAUGCUUUCAGAGAGUCACAACUAUUACGAGGGUUUUAUCAAAGUUCAUCCAUGGUGAUUGUCAUGUUUGAUAGAUAGUCAGGAAAUCACACCGAGUAAGCAUCUUUCAUUCCGAUAUCAUGCAUAUGAUAAAACUCAGAAUCAGCCCUUUUCCUUCAAAGAAACAGGUAGCCCAGUUCAUUUAAACCCAUCCAGCAUUUGAUUUUUUCCAGACAUUAACACUCACCUGCAUGGUAUCACAGUAUAACGAGGGAGCACUCUAUAACAAGGGAGAUACAGGAAGAAUGUUUUUGAGGGAAAGGCCAUGUAUAAAACCAUUGAUAUUAUUUCACUACUUUACACACAAAGGGAUUGGUACCCUUGCAGUCAAAUUGUUCACUUUCACAUACACAAUAUCUUGGCAGCUUUUGAUUGGGUGGCCAGACAUGUUGGCUCUGUUGGAUGAUGUUUCAAAUUUCUCACUCUUUGUCGCCCUCAGUGGCGAUUCCCGAGCAGAUUGAUCUUCAUAGAGUAGAGCUUGGAUAGGUUAUCUCUGUUGCCUACACUGCCCUACCACCAUAGAUCAUAGUAUGUAGGAUUUAUGAGGAUCAGAGGGGGGUCAUCAGUCACCAUAGUCUACACAUGUCUGAGGAAAAAACAGCCUUGGUAAUGGGCAAAUCGUCUAAAAAACAUGAUGCAUACAGAAAAAUGUAUUGGGAUCUUGUUAGGAUAGAUUGCUUCUUAAAGAUUUUGCUGGAGGCAUCGUCAAUACUUCACAGAUUUGUGUGCAAUACAUUCUAUAUCACCCAUGAGUAUAUGUGGUGCGCUGAUGUGGGUCUAUUUUGAGGAAGACAUCAAAUGAACCCCACUUGAGAUAAUGAGUAGAGCAGAUGGCUGCAAGGCUAUGGUACAAGUUGUCAAAGGAGAAGAAUUACAUUGCGAUGUAAGCUGAAUGCUCACUGGUCUCAGCAUUCACUUGAACCAGGCCUCCGCUUGAUUGGUUGGUUAAGAAUAGCCACCACAUAGCAAAACUCCCUGUGUAUUCACAGGUGAUGGAGGAGUGUAUGGACACAAAUUCAGUGAGUAUUGACAGUGUGCAGAAGAGGGUCACAGAUGACCCAGUGGUCUAAGGCAAAGUCUAUGCAGAGUUGCAUCCUUUAGUCAUGUCAGGAUCCGCUGUUUGUAAGUUUCAAUCCCAGAUUUGUUCCAGUUAUGAUCCUAGGCCUGCACAAAGUGGUAAAUGUUGACAACCAUGACACUUUGGGCUUUGCUCCGACAAUAUGCUGGUGCGUGAUAAAACUGAAGUGGCGGUAAAUCCAGUUCAGUCACUCACAUGCCAAAGGUGAAUAUUGAGUUCUGUUAAGGAAAAAGCAUUCUGUGAUUUGAUAGGAACAUUAUUAAGGCAGGUUUUUUUUAUUACUUGGUGUAUGUAUCAGCCAGUCAAACAUUUCACACAUAUAUAUGAUCAAACUAAAUUUUCUUCUUUUUUUAUUGCCAAGUCUUACAAAGUUUUGAAAAGAAAAAGAAAAUCUUCAAAGCAUGACCUUAAAGAAAGGGAAGUAACCCUUUGACUUGGCCUUCUUCUGAAAAUACUUUUACGAGAUCACUUGUUUGGGUUUUAAAAUGUAUUGUUAUAUACGUGUUAACCAGCAUCCCAAUGGUUUAGGAACAAAAUCUGUAAUCCAAGUAAUAAAAAGAAGGCCUGUUUCACAUGAUUCCAUUUUGAAACCAAAGUAUUACAGAGGGGCGGACUUUAGUGCUACAUGUUUCGAGUGGACGCAGGAAUUCCAAAUCACAUGCUGUCCACUUGACUUCUAUUCACAUAGUAUAAGUGUUGUCUUUUCUCAUAAUAAAUCUAUGUUUUGUAAA